CCAGCUGUGGGCUGGGGGCGGCGGGCUGGAGCGCCCGGCGUCUGGGGAGGAGGCAGCGCCCGGCGGCCGCCUCCGCCACUGCAGCUGCAGCCGCUGAUGUCGCCGCAGUAGCCCCGGGCGCCGCAGCACCCGCUCCGUCGGCGACCGCAGCGUCCUCACCGUAGCGCCGAGCCCGGACCCGCCGCCCGGCAGGAUGGCUGUAGCUCCUCCAAGUUACUGUUUUGUGGCCUUCCCACCGCGAGCUAAGGAUGGUCUGGUGGUGUUUGGGAAAAACUCGGCGCGGCCCAGAGAUGAAGUGCAGGAGGUGGUGUACUUCUCAGCCGCUGACCAUGAACCUGAGAGCAAGGUCGAGUGCACGUACAUCUCAGUCGACCAAGUCCCCAGGACCCACGCCAUAGUGAUAAGCAGACCCGCCUGGCUUUGGGGGGCAGAAAUGGGAGCCAAUGAACAUGGAGUGUGCAUCGCCAACGAAGCCGUCAGCACCCGAGAACCAGCUGCUGAGAGGGAAGCCUUGCUGGGGAUGGACCUGGUCAGGCUUGGUUUAGAGAGAGGGACAACAGCUAAAGAGGCCUUAGAUGUCAUCGUCUCCCUGCUGCAAGAGCACGGCCAGGGUGGGAAUUACUACGAAGAUGCCAGCUCCUGCCACAGCUUCCAGAGCGCGUUCCUGAUCGUGGAUCGUGAGGAGGCCUGGGUGCUCGAGACCCUUGGGAAGUUCUGGGCUGCCGAGAGAGUCACAGAGGGGGUGAAGUGCAUUUCCAACCAGCUGUCGCUCACCACCAAAGUGGAUGAAGAGCACCCUGAGCUCAGGAGUUACGCUCAGAGUCAAGGCUGGUGGACCGGCGAGGACGAGUUCAAUUUUUCCCAAGUGUUUUCUCCCGCUGAUGACCACCUGGACUGCUGUGCGGGCAAAGACAGCUUAGACAAACAAGAAGAAAGCAUCACUGUGCAGACUAUGAUCGAUGUCUUACGGGACAAAGCCAGUGGGGUCUGCAUAGACUCGGAAUCCUUCCUCACCACGGCCAGUGUAGCGUCUGUCCUGCCUCAGAACAGGAGCCUGCCGUGCAUCCAUUACUUCACCGGGACCCCAGACCCUUCCAGGUCCAUAUUCAAGCCUUUCAUCUUUGUCGAUGAUGUCAAACUUGUCCCCAAAACGCGGUCUCCCUGUUUUGGGGACGACGACCCUGCCAAAAAGGAGCCUCGAUUCCAGGAGAAACCUGACCGCCGGCACGAGCUGUACAAGGCCCACGAGUGGGCCCGCUCCAUCCUCGAGAGUGACCAGGAGCAGGGCCAGCAGCUGAGGAAGACCAUGUUGGAGCUGGAGAAGCAAGGCCUGGAGGCCAUGGAGGAGAUCCUGAGCAGCUCCGAGCCCCUGGACCCCGCCGAAGUGGGAGACCUUUUCUAUGACUGUGUUGACACGGAGAUCAAGUUCUUUAAGUGAAGUAAGCGCCCCCCUCCCCUUCUUAUUUAAAACUUCCCACCUUACUAAGUUACCAGCAAAACACGCCCCUCUGCUGUUUGAGCAAACCGAGAACGUACAGAUGUGGCCUCCCUCUCCGAAGCCCGACGGAUCUGCUCCCUGGCGGCCUGCCUUGAACCUGCCGUGUCCCUCCCGCCCCGGUCGGCAGCGUGGCUGCCCUCCUCUGCCGGGUCCCGUGUCUCCUGCUGGCCUGUCAUUUGUCCGUGUGACCCACUGUGGACCUGAGGCUGCUGUCAUUGUGUUUCAGCAACAGUAGGCCCAGUAGCCUUCCCCUCAGUGGCAGAGUGCCUCGUACCUGGGAGGGAAGGCUCCGCAGGGCUGGGCUGGCGGGAGGAGCGGCCUCUCUGCGGAUCUUACUCUUCCUCUCCGUAACGGGUCCUGCAGGUUAACAAAAGGCGCUUGUCUGCACACACAGGGCUCUUGUGUGUGGAGUUGAGGGAGUGGCUCUCCGGCUCCCUUUCACUGGAGUGCAUGUCAGUGGCCGUGCACGUGUCUCCUGGGGGACAAGACCAAUCGGGAGGAAUACGGGGGCUCCUCCCCGGUCCUUGCUCCCCCUUUAGUUCCCGUGAUCUGGAAGAACCCAUCUUCCCAUGUACCGUGCUCCUAUGCGGUGGGCCUCAGAAGUGUCCUGUGCGGGAGACCUGGUCACCUGUCGGCCACUGCGUGGGUCUCCCCACAGGCACACCUGCCACUUCGAUGAAGCCCUGGGUAGAAAUGGUUCCGGAUCGGGUCACCAGCGUCUCGUCUGGGACCUUUUCAACGGCCCACAAAGCUGUGCAUCUAAGGAGGGGAGGGAGAGGAGAAACUGCCGACUCUCUAGAUUUCAGGUGGUGUAGCUGGCAUCUGAGCAGUCACUCCAUUAUCUCUGCACAGAGGCUUGGAUUAAAUGGAUCUGUUUCAACAUGGUGUCCACAUAAAGGAUCUGGCUCACCUGCACAGCAUAGAAAGUGCAGGGCAGAGCAGAUGGGCUCAGCCUUGGGAAGACAGAGGGCAAGCGGGUGGCAGAUGGAUGGAGACGCAUUCUCUGCGGGUUAACCGUCCCACCCCCACCCUGCCUGGCCAGCCUGGAAAUCCUACAAAUGUGUGUGUGAAGUGGCCAGCUUCCAGCUCAUCCCCACCAAGUCCUCACACCCCACAUGUCCUGGUAGUUGUCUUCAAACCAGCAGGUAAAGUGAGGGGAUGGUGGUAGGGAGGGGGGGUCUCUCCAUCUACUGAAACUCUCGACUCCUCAAGUCCUCACACCCCACAUGUCCUGGUAGUUGUCUUCAAACCAGCAGGUAAAGUGAGGGGAUGGUGGUAGGGAGGGGGGGUCUCUCCAUCUACUGAAACUCUCGACUCCUCUGGAAGUGGCACGGGGGCAGCAAUGGUUAGGGGAAGCGAUUGCUAAUAUAGCAGCCAGUGGGAGAGCGCCAUCUGGGCAGGAAGUGGCAGAUGGGACCGUUGUGAGAGCUUGUCGUCUCGGAGGUGGCCUGAGUGAAUGCCUCCCCACAGGAGUGUCACAGGCCACGUGGGAGACACGCCCCUCGUCACAUAGAUGCUACCUGGGCGGCAGAGGCUGCAGAACCAUCUCUUUUUUUCCACCGACCCUCCCUUAAGUGUGGGUGGGGGAGGACUGUGGGCUUUGCGCUCGGCCGUUUUGUAAAUUCCGAGUGAGAGGGGGAAGAGCAUUUCAGCUGGCCAUUGAUGGCGUCAGUAGUGGUGGCUUCUCGUGCCUUUGAGCUUUGUGCAAGUUUGACUCGGGCUUUCCCUGUUGGUGCACGAGGGCUCUCUGAGAGCGUCUGUCCACAAGUGCUAAAGGGAAGGGUGAGGUUCAAGGAGAAUGCAGGUACCUGUCCUCCCCCAAGUGCACCUGCCAAGUGGUUACUGAAAGCAAGAUGAUGCAGUCACUCUGAAUUUCACGGUGUGGUCUCAUCGCCACCACCCAGUGUGGGAGCAGAUCAUCAGGUCUGACAUGGCUGAGACAGCUGCACUGAUUCAGGGUUUGAGCCAAAGCAAUGUAGGGAGACCACAUCCCUCAUAUGGGUCACACGGAGGUCGCGGCUAGCCUUGCCAGCCUCAUGCAUUACCCAGCCACAUGGUGGGAAAUGCAGUGGCCGCUUCUGAGAGGGGAUGUAGACUGUGGUCAGGCAUUUCUGGGAAGAGACACUCAGGGUUGUCCUGACCCCUUGGCCCAUCACAACGGUGAUGUAUUGGACUGGCCACUAGAGGGUGUUGCAGCCAACUGGGGGCAUAGCUUGGCUGAGGGUAACCUGGCCUUGGUUUUGUAUCUUUGCAUCAUCAGGCACCGAGGUGGCCCACAGGUGGCUUCUUUGUGCUUUGGGAUGGAAGGGGAGACACAAGACGACAGCAAAGAACCUGCUGUUGUGCUUAGACUCAUGUUUAGUGACUGUUAUCUACUAAAUGAACAGUUGCAAAGUUGUUGGAUUUUCAGCAGGCUGUUCGUGGUGGCAGUGGUGGGGUGUUGGCUUUUAAAUGGAAAAAAUGCUUAUUACAUGGGUCGUUACUUGGCCAGGAAUUAUCAGCUCUUCUGAAGGGAAGACAGGCAAGAAUAUUCACGAUGAAAUACGGAUGUGAUGUUUGAAGGGCGCAGUGUGAACAGCCUCUUAGAAUACCCUUUGUGUACCUAGUAAGACUGGGGUGACAGCGGCUGUGCGUACUUUGUGUGGGGAGAAGGCAUGGCGCACGUCCAGGACGGCCCUGACGGUGUCAUGUCAUUCCCCACUCUUGUGGCCCUCACCGGGGGAUGGGAUUCAGCACAGGUAAAGCCCACCCUCACCCACAAGGGUGCAGGCUCCAGGAAGAGUGGAUUAGGGGAGCAGAACUAGUACUUGGUCAGUGUUGGAGAGGUGUGUGACUCCAGUUAGAAUAAGCACAUAAUCAAGAUGAUGGCGACCCUGAGGUCCCGGUCACCACGGUAAACCCCUGUAUUACUGCUAUCAGGAGCCCUAAUCCUACAAGUUCACAGAGGUCCCGGUCACCGUGGUAAACCCCUGUAUUACUGCUAUCAGGAGCCCUAAUCCUACAAGUUCACGGAGGUCCCAGUCACCGCGGUAAACCCCUGUAUUACUGCUAUCAGGAGCCCUAAUCCUACAAGUUCACAGAGGUCCCGUUCACCGCGGUAAACCCCUGUAUUACUGCUAUCAGGAGCCCUAAUCCUACAAGUUCACGGAGGUCCCGGUCACCGUGGUAAACCCCUGUAUUACUGCCAUCAGGAGCCCUAAUCCUACAAGCUCACGGAGCAGGCAGGUCCUAGAGCAUCCCAGCAGUAACUUCCUUUACUACUGGGUGAAUCGUUAGAUCUGAACACUGGAUGAUCAGCCGGGCAAGUCCGCUUCCUCACCGAUCAGCCCAUGGUGGUCCCAGUGUCAAAUACCUUCUGGCCGGCCCAACGGGGAAGCCAGAUAAGACCAGUGCGCUCCUGACUGAAGAGCCAUCUGCCCUUGGGGAAGGUCUUCCACUGAGCGCUCAGCUGUAGGAAGGAAGUGGGGGGGUAGGGGAGGAGCACCCGCCUCGCUGAGAGUGGCCGGUGGCGAGUACGGCGGUCCCAUUCCAGCACUCCCUUACGCUUCCCUGUAGCCGUAGCUGUGGCGUUUCAUCCCACACAGUCCAAAGUCCCAGCUGCCCUCCUGUGGUUGUGUCCCAGUGUGCUGUAUCUGGUUGACUCCAAACACCCUGAAAUGUCCCAUGCAGAUUUCUCGUGGGAACCAAUAUGUACACGUUUGCAAUCAUGUUGUGAGAAUUUAAAUGUGUUGCCUGAAAAACACUAUUAGCAGGGAAUAAUAAAAAAAUCUUCCUGUUUCCUGCAGGGGGAACUGACCUUGUAGUCUUAACAGUCUUUUGUACAAAUACCUACAGACCAGAUAACGUCCUUAGCCGUGCUUGCCCUUGGAAAUGUCUCUAAAUGCAUUGAGCCUACAAUAAAAAAAAAACUGAAAUGAA